UCCGAGCGGGGUCACAAACCCGGCCGGCGGGGGAACUGAGAUUCGGCGUGUGAGGGUUUCGCGGCGGGUCUGGUCACCCUCCCCGAACCGAACCGAACCGAACUGAACCGGCGCCAUGUCCCGGAAUCUGCGGACGGUGCUCAUUUUCGGCGGUUUCAUCGGUGUGGUCGGUGCCGCCUUCUACCCCAUCUACUUCCGGCCCCUAAUGCUGCCGGAGGAGUACAAGAAGGAACAAGCUAUCAACCGAGCUGGAAUUAUUCAAGAAGAUGUGCAACCACCAGGGUUGAAAGUGUGGUCCGAUCCAUUUGGCAGGAAGUGAGGAGGAUGUCAGCACAUUGUGCAAGAAGGCAUUUUGCUUCUUCCAUUUGUGCUUUUCAUUCUGCGUCAAAGAUGCCACUGACCUCACUCAAGGGAAGCGGCACAAGAAGAAAACGAGAAUGCCCUGGAUAAAUAUCCUGUGCCCUAGGAUUAAUCUGUUCCUGCUUCCCUUCCUUAUAACCCAUCAAGCCGGUAGGAGCAGUUUCUUGAUUCAGUGACUUCCCCCAAAUGAUUCGCUCCGACAUGCUGGCUUUGCAGGAGACCUACUCACUAUCCCAUCUUUUCUGCCCACCCAGCCCAGGCUGCAACGUGGAGACGCACAACUAGCAGUCUUGGGGAGAUCCAAGUCUAUCGUUCGCCUGUCUUUGAAAUAGGAAAUUUUCUUCAGGAAUCCCCAAGCUGAGUCUCCUCACAGGGCUCUUUGAAAUGUGAACAUGAAUAAUACUCUGAGGAUAAGUACAUUGCACCUUUUAAGAAUAAACAGUUCGGCUAAACUGUCUCAUUGAAGUGCUUUACUGCAAGUCGGAAAGUAGAUAAGAUGUGGGUUGAAGUUGAUGGUGGUGUAUGCAGAGUCAAAAUCAAAAUGAACUUCUCACCGGAAUUGUGUGCAUUAAAAUUAUACUUUCACUCUG